GUCCUCUCCCCUCUUCACUUCACUCCUUUGGCAUGGUGAUGGUGCUGAUGAUGAUGUGAUGGUUGGGAGGGGAGGAGUGGAUUUGGAUUGAAAAGAAGUGAAGUGAGGAAGUCUAUGCAGGUCUGGUGGUCGUGUUUCAUCUGAUUCCUGGUACCGAUGUGACAGCUACAUAACCCAAGGUGGUGUUUCCUACACCCAGGCAGUCCCCAAUGAUCGUUAGCCAUGGAAGGAGCAGAGUUUUUCAGUUUGCUGGAGUCCAACCAGCCACAGAUUGUCGAGGACAUAAAAAUGAAAUGUCAUGAACUUCUCAAUUCUAGUGACACAUGGCUGGUGAAUGGCUUAUUUGACUACUCUAUGCAGACCGGAUCUUUGCGCACGGUUGAUGUUUUGAUUGGUAUAAGAGAACCACACGAAACACACCUUUUUAGCAAAUUCUCAGAAAGCUUACGUGGCAACAACAAAUUGCAAGCAUUGACUCUGUUGGGGCAUAUUGUACGGAGACAACCAACAUGGCUGUUCAAAAUAACUCGCCAUUCACUUUUCAAAGAUCUUCUUAAAUUACUGAAGACGGAGACGGAAAUCGUUCCCCUGAUGAGUGCACUGCUUGUGAUUAAUGUCCUCCUACCUACAGUAGCAGGACUGAUGGAGAGCUGUCUUCAAGAGCUGUUCACAGUAUUCAGUCAUCUGGCAAAAUUUGAUACGAUAAACCCUAAUAAGCUGUCGGAGUGUCAACUGUUCCAUCUGCAGAUGGGGCUGUAUGCCUUGUUCCUGCGGCUCUAUGGGAUGUAUCCUUGCAACUUCCUAUCCUACUUGCGUAUUGAGUACAGCCAGUCCACCAAGCUCCUCAUCUUCAACCAUACCAUCAGGCCCAUGUUGGAUACUGUUAAGGUGCACCCCAUGUUGGUGACAGCAUCUAAGGAUGUUGAAGUAUCGUCAUCCAGGAGUGGUAUUGGAAAUGAACAAUUUGGCUGUAGAUGGCGGAAAAUGGAGGCCCAUGACGUUAUUGUUGAGUGUGCUAAACUUUCCUUCAACGGUGGAGACUACGAGAAACGGGCAGAUGAUGGGAGUUCUCGGGUUAGCUUGGAUCAUUGCCUGAUGUUAGACAACAGGUAUGUGACUCGUAGUGCCAGUGGAGGAGACAGAGAAUUCAUGAGUCCUGUGUCUUACUCUGGCAUCAGCACUCCAACUCAAUCCUCGGCACCCGAGUCUGCUCCUACCUCCAUCCCUCACACACCAAUCGCACAGACACACAUGGCGGGUUCAACGUUUCCACUGCAAGAUGGGGCUUCUCCUCCUGAAGCUGCUGUAGAGGCGACUCCUGAAACUACACCCAUUAAGGAUCUACGCAAUGUAGUGCGGGCAGGUCAUCAUCCCAACUCCAGCAUUCCUCGUGCUCUUAAUGCCAUCAGUAAUAGUCCUAAUCAUUCCCAGCCAUCGUCUCCAAUGAGGAAGGAGGCUUCACCGUUCCGUUUCACCAUGGAAUCUUCUGCCUUUCAGCCUGCACAAGAGAGGAAGGAUUCUCUUAUCACCCAGAAAGUCCAGCGGCUUGUCACAGACAGAGUUCAGACAUCGACAGAGAACAUAGACAAAACAAAGUCCAGAGGGCCGAUGCAACCUACAAGUCCUCUGCGGGUGAUCAGUGGCCAGGGGCUCUCAUACGGCACGGAGAGUCCAGCUGAACCUCCUAUUGACCAAGAGGACAGGGAAGUGGAGAUAACUAUGACUUCGGACACCAACUCCCAUGUUUGGAACCCACGCCAGUGUGACAGUGUAGUUCAGGACAUUGCCUCCAACGAUCAUGAAGAUCUGGAGGAGUGUCAGCAGGACUUAUGCACCGCUAGUGGUAUUUGUAUGCCCAACUCCAACUCUAUGUGGGAUUUCACACGCAAAGUCAACAACCGUCUACGAUUUUACAGUCAGUGCCAUGCAGAACCUCCUCACCAAGGUCUGAGCACGGGCAGCAGUCCUAAUGAUGGGUUCAGUAUUCCUAUAAAUCCCAAAGUUAGACGAGCCAACUCCUGCCCUGAGAUGAAGAAAACCUGUUCUAGCUUGGAGAGGCAUCCAGUUGAAAAAGUCGAUGAGGAACCCUCUCCUGUAAAUGGUGUUACUGUGGAUUUCCCUGCGACUUCUUCAAAUGGCAAAGAAACUGCCUCAAUUGGAACUCAGACUGACAACCCACUUCCCUAUGAGCAUCUGUUCCUGGCAGUGUUCCCAACUGCAGAUUCUAACAACAGUCACCAGUUGGCUUCAGAGGAGGUAUCUGGUGUAGAUACAAAUAACUCAUCUCCACUUCCACAAAAAACAUUCUCUCCAACCCAAAUUGACACGUACAUGAAUGCCACCGUUAAUACAUUUUUUGAAUCAAAGAAGACAAAGUCACAAGGUAUGGAAACAGAGUUGAAAGCUACAAGAGAACAAUUGCAGCUGAUGAAUAUUCAAUUGUAUUUUGAGAAACAUAGAAGAGAAAUGCAUGCAGAAAGGAACCGCAGGCUCCUGGGCAGGUGUAGAAAAGUUCGGUCCCAAGAAGAACUCACCACUGCUCUUAAAGAACAGGUGGCGCUUCUUCAAGCUGAUAACGAGCUUUUGCACAACAGUUUACACAAGAGAUCGGAAGAGGCCAAGGUAUACGUUCAGCAGCUGCAAGAAACGCUCAAAUCCUAUCAAAACCAGAAAUCCUCACUACAAUUAGAAUGUACCAAAGAAAGAAGUCUUCGAGAAUCGAUAGAGGAAAUGCUCAAGCAAGAGAGAGAAAAGACUGCCAAUGUUACCAAGGAACUGAAUGAAACAAAAGCAUCACUGUUCAAUGCCACCAACGAGCUACACCACGUGGCGUCUAUGGUCAGUGAGAAUCAGGUACUACGCGAGUCGAUGUCGAGGCUGCAGAAGGAGCUGGUGGCGGAGGGGGAGGUGCAGGAGAGGUAUCGACAGAGAGUCAAUAGCCUGCUGCGCCACCUACAAAAUUCAUCUGAAGUCGAGCUCUUAGAAAAUUCUUAUGUCCACCAAAUCAGCGCUUUAAAUCAAGAACUAAGAAAUCAAAAUGAUGCACUCUCAGCUGCCACAUUCAGGAUCAGUGAACUUGACACCCUGUUGACUAAACGGGAUGCAACAAACAAUGAGAGUAAACGUCUAAUGGAGGAAGCCAAGGAUGAGUUUCAUGAACAACUGGCGGUGGUGCAGGCAAAGUACGACAGUCUGAAGGCAGUAAACAGUCGGCUGGAGACAGAGAUUCUAAAGCUGCAGACCCAGUUGGGGGCCAUUCAGGUCGAGCAGCCGGUUGAAGCAGCGAUAGCUUACACUCCUCCUAACCUUCCUCCGGUGCCUCCGGAGACAUUCAGUAACCUGCAAACACUUGUUGACGUGCCUGAUCCCUCUGAUCACAAUCCAUGAUGGAAGAUAUGCAGCGAUCAGUUGAAGUUCUUGCACUGCAUUUUUUAUCAUAAUUUUGUAGAAUUCUCGUCAAGACACUUUCACUGAAGAUCGAUAUAGCUUGAUGUUUGCAUACAGCAAGAAAUUUUUUUUGUAAAAUUCAUCCAAAUGGCCUAUUUGUUGUCAUCAUGGAAUAACAAUGUUAUUUAUAAAGACACAUUUUAACAUAUACUUGAAAGACUGUGUACAGUUGUGCAUUCAUGAGAAGUUCUUUAUUUUUUAAAGCGAUGGUUCAAUUUCGAUUAAAAUCCAGCGUUAAAUAUAGUAUACAAAGAAAUUAAACGUUAUGCAAAUCA